AUGUCAGGCGUAUGGGUGUUCAAGAACGGAGUGAUAAGGCUUGUGGAGAACCCUAACCAGUCAGGAGCCGACCCACACAGCAGAAGGAAAGUGAUGGUCUAUUUACCGACUGGAGAAGUGGUCUCAUCUUAUUCGAUGCUCGAGCAGAUCCUCCAGAGUCUUGGGUGGGAGAGGUACUUUGGCGACACAGAGCUCCUCCAGUUCCACAAACCCUCAUCUAUUGAUCUCAUCUCUCUCCCUAGAGAUUUCACCAGAUUCAACUCCGUUUACAUGUAUGAUAUCGUCGUCAAGAACCCUAAUUACUUCCACGUCCGAGACUCCAAUUAA